AGUCGAUGUUUGACACACAGACGACAGACUUUUGACAAUGACAUAUCAACAUGAGUAAUAUUACAACAAUUUGCAAGCAAACAAUAAAAAAUGCAAUUUCCCUUAAUUAAAACAGAGCAUUUUGGACAAUUAUGAUCGACAAGAUGACCCCGUUCCGUAGAAAGAAAAGUGGCAAGUCGUUUCCAGUGAAAGUGUGCACUCUGGAUGCAGAAUUGGAGUUCAAUCUGGAGUGGAGAGCCACUGGCAGAGACCUUUUCGAACUGGUAUGCCGCACAAUUGGCCUGCGAGAAACCUGGUACUUUGGGCUACAGUAUGAAGACUCCAAGGGCUUCAUUUCCUGGCUGAAGUUGGACAAAAAAGUGCAAGAUCAAAGCAUCCAAAAAAGCCACCAAACUGCCUCAUUCAUGUUCUUGGCCAAGUUCUACCCAGAGGAAGUGGCUGAGGAGUUGGUGCAAGAGGUCACUCAACACCUCUUUUUCCUGCAAGUGAAGCAAGCCAUUCUGUCCAUGGACAUUUACUGUCCCCCUGAGGCCUCAGUGUUGCUGGCCAGUUAUGCUGUGCAGGCCAAAUUUGGCGACUUUGAUGAAGACACCUACAAGCCGGGAAUGCUUGCCAGUGAAGAUCUCCUGCCCCAGAGAGUCAUCGAUCAGUAUCAAAUGACGCUGGAGAUGUGGGAGGAGAGGAUCCGGGUUUGGUACGCCGAUCAUCGCGGCAUGUCAAGGGACGAGGCCGAAAUGGAGUAUCUAAAAAUCGCCCAGGACUUGGAUAUGUAUGGAGUGAACUAUUUCAACAUUCAGAACAAAAAAGAGACUGAGUUAUGGCUGGGCGUGACGGCCCUCGGACUGAACAUUUACGAGAAGGAGAACAAGCUGCAACCAAAAACCACGUUCACGUGGAGCGAAAUAAGACACAUUAGUUUCGACGAUAAGAAAUUUAUCAUUAAGCCUGUAGAUAAGAAUUCACCCAACUUCGUAUUCUUUAGUCACAAAGUUAGAAUGAACAAACUGAUUUUAGACCUGUGCAUGGGCAACCACGAUCUCUUCAUGCGUAGGCGCAAACCUGACUCGAUGGAGCUGCAGCAGAUGAAAGCAGCCGCCAAGGAGGAGAAGCAAAGACGCCAAGUGCAGAGAAACCGGUUAGCCCGGGAAAAGCAGCUGCGCGAAGAAGCCGAACGAGACAGAGCCAACAUGGAGCAACGGUUGCUGCAAUACCAGGAAGAAAUCCGCUUGGCGAACGAAGCACUGAGGCGAUCCGAAGAGACGGCUGAUUUGCUGGCCGAGAAGAGCCGAGUGGCUGAAGAAGAAUCCACUCUGCUCAGCCAGAAAGCUGCUGAGGCCGAGCAGGAAAUCACCAGGCUGCGCCUGACUGCGAUGCGGAAAGACGAAGAAAAGGUGACGUUGGAGAGGAAAACUCGCGACGCCGAGUUGCUUACCGCCCGCCUGGUGGAGGAGUCCGAGCGCAGAGCGGCCGAGGCAAACAAGCUGAAAGACGAGCUGCUCAAAGCGCGGGCCGCCGAAAAGCAAGCCAAAGAAAAGCUGUUGGACUUUUUAAGCCGCAGCACCUUAUCAGGAUCCUCGCCCGUUUCUCCAAUCUCGUCUGUUACUACUUUAUAUUCCGCUCCUUUGUCGCCUACUACCAUGCACUCGGAGCUGUCGUUGUUGGAGAGCGAGACCAGCCCGUCGCCGGACUUCAACCUGAACAUCAACUCCUACGAUUUGAUCGCGCACGCCGACGCUGAACAGCUAUCUUUGGAAAUCGAAAAAGAACGGGUGGAGUACUUGGAGAAGUCCAAGCACCUGCAAAACCAGCUGAGGGAGCUGCGCACCGAAAUAGAGGUCCUGAAAGUGACGGAAAAGGCCUCCGAGUACGACCAGUUGCAUGAGGAGCAGGUGAAAUUGGGCGAGAACAAGUACUCGACGCUCAAGAAGAGCAAAAGCGGCAGCACCAAAAGUCGCGUGGCCUUCUUCGAGGAAUUAUAAACCCUGCUGCACUAUCUGGUAUAUGAUCGUUUCCAGGGACAGCAACUAACGCAAAACAGUGCCUUAUCAUUAGUAGUUAAACAGCUUAACGCGAGAGAUCGCGAGGUUCCAAUUUAUUUCAACAUCGAUGGCAAGUUGUUGAACGUUCCGGAAAGUCUCGGCUUUCACGGUAUACCUAUGCUUGAAACUGGUGAGUUUUUCUCGGAGAAGUCACAAAAACUGACCAGUUUCUGUUCGGAAAGUUUUCAUCGAGUAGUUUAAGAGAGCACUUGUUACGAAGUAAUUGAAAAUGACAUAGUUUAUUGUUUUAACUGAAAGGAGCAUUACAUAUUUUUUAAACAAA